AGAGAGAGAGGGGGGGAGAAAGAGAGAGAGAAAGAAAGAAAAAAAGAAAGAAAGAAAAAGAAAAAAGUAUACUUAAAAAAAAAAAACUACCCUCCCCAUUUUGCGCCUAAAACCUAAACCUAAGAAAACCUUCCCUUUGUCUCUUAGGACUUGCACGUGGUUCACCAUAGUUUGCUUGUCCUAAAUUUCAAUUUCUCUGCUGUUCCGGAAUAAACGCAUUCUUUUUUGGAGCUUGCCUCACUUUACCUAAGUUGACAGAAGUACUAUAAUCCCCAUUUUGCAGAUGUUCCUUGACACAGGUCAAGGAACUCGCCCGAGUCGCACGGCUGAUGUGCUGUUCCGCGUCGCUGCAGAUGGAAGUGUAAGUGGUAUAAAACCCCGCUGGAGGGCAGUUUGGAAACAUAUCUAGAGCUUAAAAAUGUUCAUUCCCUUUCCCCCGUAAUUCUACUCACAAGAAUCCAUCCCAAGAGAACACCCAGCGAUGAGCCAUUGUUUUCCGCGGCGCGUGUGGAAUGACAGCGCGUCUGGUAGAUGUGGGGCUGCGGGUGCGUCACAAUGUACCUUUAGAACUUGUGGAAUGCGGAUGGAAGCUGGCUCAUAAUACGACGCUAAAUGAAAAGAGGUCCAAAAUGUAUAUAUGAUACGUACAUCGUAAUAGACCUUGAUUUCUGUGGGUGAUGGGACUGUGAUUUUUAAUCUCCUCGUUGUCCUUUUCUCUGUUUUUUUACUAUCAGCGCUUAUGAAUUUUAUAAUCAGAAACAAAAGCUAGGUGUCUUUCGGCUUGUUGUGUGUGUGUUUGAUGCCGAGUUUCCAGGACAGGAGGGCCCAGGAGGUUGGGGUGGCGGUGUUGGCAGCGGCAGGGCCCCUGGAGGCGCCGGCUCUGCCCCUCGAGUGAGGCGGGCGCCCCGCCCCCGGCGGUCUGGAAGCGCGAUCAAGCCUCGGCCGGCGGGCCCCUGCGGGCGCGUGGGUGCCUCUCGGUGGGCGGGGAGGGCAGCCGGGGAAGCACAGCCCCGGCCAACAACACGGAGUCCCCAUGCAGCCGGCGGAGAAGGUCUCGAAGGUCUCCCGGAGUGACUCGGAAUCAAGGCAGCCGAGGUGGGCCGGGAUUAGGUGGCCCGGCUGCGGGGCGGGAGAAACCCGCUCAGCGCCUCCCGGGAGCGCAGGGCCUGGAGCGGCCCGAGGAGCCCAGGGAUCCCGGCUGGGGCCGGGCUCGCCUCCUGAGAGGUGCCCGGGGCCCUCGACGAUGGUCGCCUCCUCGUCGCCCCGCCAACCAGGCGGCCUUGCCUCGGUCUCCACGAACGCCCCGGGGCGCGAGUGCCGCCCUCGCCCACACGGCGCCCCUUCACAGGCCGCCCAGCCGGGACCAGCCUCUUCCUCGUCCAGUUCCCCGCAUCCUUCCCCGCUUCCCUCCCCACUACCCCACAGCGACUCUAGUCCCGUCGAUGAGCGGGACCAGAGGGCGAUUGGGAGAGACUCCGAGCUGUUCGCGGCCGCGCUGGGCAACCUGGAAUGGUUGCGGUUCUGUCUGAAUCGGGACCGUGGAGAAAUCCUGGCCAAUGACAAGGGUUUCACUGCCAUCCACUUUGCAGCCCAGAGCUGCAAGCUGGCAUGCCUGCAGGUCUUGGUAGAGGAGUACAAGUUUCCAGUAAACCUGCCCACCAACAAUGGCCAGACCCCUCUGCACCUCGUCAUGCACAGGGACAACAAGACCAUGGCCCUCCCCUGCAUUCACUACCUGCUUAAGCAAGGCGCGGCCCUCAACACUCGGACGUGCAAUGGCUCCACGCCCCUGCACCUGGCAGCCCGUGAAGGCCUGCUGAACUGUGUGGAGGUCCUAGUGCAAAAUGGCGCCAAUGUCCAUGCCCAGGAUGCCAUGGGCUGCAAGCCCAUCGACUAUUGCAAAGUAUGGAACCACCGCAUCUGUGCCCGCUUCUUGAAGGAUGCCAUGUGGAAAUGGGACAAGAAGAACUUUGCUCGUGAGAUGGGGAAACUGAAGAGGCUCAAGGACCAGCUGGCCCUCAUGGAGCAGGACUACCUGACUGACUAUCAAAAAGAGCACAAAAGUCUGAGAGAGGCUGAUUUCAAGAAGUGGCUUCAUGGCAAGCGGCUGCCCGGAGGCCAAUCCCUGAUGGGCAACUCUGAGCAAGAGCCUUGUGCCCCACCCCAGGCCGUUGCCGUCUCCAAGACGCCCAGGCACAGGGGAUUGUGGCCUCCCAAAAGCUUCCACCCCUCGCCGGAGGCGCGCCUGCAACAGACUCUGCAGCUCAAGCCGCCGCCCUUGGUGAUGCCCAAGCCCAUCUACAUGCGGCCCAUGGUCAGGAGGCCCAAGUUGUGGAACCUUAGCAACAACCCCGCCAGAUCCCCCACCAUCCAGAUCGGCUACCCACAGGGCAUCCGCCUGGGAGUGCAUCCAGACCCCUGGCCAGAGCACGACUUCAGCAGCUUCCUCAGGGUGAGGUCCAACGGGCACGGUGGUGUGAGCCUAUGCACAGUGACCGGCAAGCUGGUGUCGCCUGUGCCCCGGCUGCCUUUUGAGGUGAUAGUCCGCGGGCUGUACCCUUCGGUGCAGCCAUACAGGAUGAAGGUGCCCCAGGACCUUUACUCCGUCAGCAUGAGGGACGUGCCCAGGAAGCGGCACUUGGGCGACGACACCUUCUGGACUGAUAGUCUGGCCAUGAACCUGCGUGAGACGUUUGAUGAAGCCUUCCUGGCAGCUGUGCGAGCCCAUCAAGGGCUCCUCACUCUGUCCUCCCCUAAAACCCACCCAUAAACUUAUUUUGGUAGCCUCUCGGCCUGAGGCAGCCCAAUGAAGGCUGAGGCAUGGCAAUUUGUGUUGUGGAUGGGGAGGAAAUGGGGGGAGUGCCCACUCUCAAGCUCAAGGAUUGGAGCCCCCUCCCCCCAACAAAAGCCCAGACUCCAGGUUUCCCUUCUCUCCACAAAGAAAUCUCUUGGAUCUUCCAAGAGAUCCAAGUUAGGGCAAUGGCCCAAGGCUCAGUCUCUAUCCUGGGCCCCAGCAUCAUAAGAGUAACACCUUGGUGUCCCCUUUGGCCCCCACCCCAACCCAACAGCCCACCAAGGACAAGGCUUCUAGGAUGAGGGACCACUGGGAAAUUCGGCCUCUUGUUCAGAUUAAGUCUUUCCUGCUGCAGGCUCUAAGCCUCACUCUUCAUCUCCAGAUCCAGAAUGGGAGGGGAAACAGCUAAUGUGUCACGCUGCCAAGGGCUUCCCUGCCACUUGGGGCUGCCACCCUUCAUUCCUAGCUGCCACUGGGGCUCUGCAGUUCAGGGAGGCAGAGGCGGCAUAUCUGGGGGAGGGGCCUCCUACGGCUUCAGUUUGAGACUAUGACAGCACUUGUACCUCCUCCAGGAAGCUAUCCCGGAUCCCCUGCUCUCCCCCAUACACAUCACUAUAAACCAUUCAUUAAACAAACAUUUAUUUAGUGCUUUCUAUGUGCCAGGCACCAAGCCAGGCACAGCUGAUACAAAAACUGAAGGACAGUCCCUGCCCUCAAGGAGCUUACAGUCUAGUGGGGAGGUAGACGGGUAAGCCGGCAAGUAAGCCCAGGGUGAUCCGUGUGGCGUGCUGGGGGGAGAGGGGACACUCAAAACUCCUGGGAGGAAGUGAAA